AUGAACAAGGACAAAGAGGUAUGGGAAUAUUUGAGGACAUUUAACAUAAUCGGCCUCACGGAAACAUGGACAGAGGAAAGCAAAUGGGAAAGGGUAAAGCAUAGACUGCCCAAGGAAUACGACUGGAAAUGCAGGGCAGCAAGGAGAGAAUGGAGAAAGGGAAGGGCAAAAGGGGGUAUAAUAACAGGCGUAAACAAAAAUCUGAGGGAAAUAGAGUAUAAGGAAAUAGGUGACGACAUAGUAGAAAGAAAAAUAAGGUACAAGGAGAAGAUAUAUAGAAUAGUGGUGGUGUAUAACCGGGACAAGAAAAGGACAUGGAAAGAAACGGAAGAAAGAGUAGAGGGGAGGGAAGAGGAAGUGACGAUCAUAGGAGGAGACUGGAAUGCAAGAACGGGAGAAGAGGGAGGGCUGAUAAACGAGGAACUAGGAAAAGAAAAGAGCAGGAGAUCAAAAGACAAGAAAAUAAGUAUGGAAGGAAGAAUGCUGCUAAGGUUGCUGAAUGAAAGAGGCUGGACGAUAAUUAACGGUCGAGACAAAGAAGGAGACGAGUGGACCUAUGUGGGGGAGAGGGAAAAAUCAAGUCCGUUGCCGUUGGAAAUAGAAAUAGAGGGACCAGAGUUACAAAGAGAUGAGGAAAGAAAAGAGGAAGAGAAGGAGAGAAGGGAAUGGACAAAAGAAAGUGUGGGAAGAUAUUUAGAGGAGUGCAAAGACUGGAUAAGCAGAGGAAGAACAGUAGAGGAAAUGUGGGCAGAAAUUAAGAAGAAGAUAAACGAGGCAAUACCAAAGAAAAGAGUAAGGAUAAGAAAAUGGAGCAUAGGAGAAAAGAAAGGAGAAACAGGAAGAGGAAGAGAUGGAGAAAAUCAACAAGAUCAAAACAGAGCAAGAAGCAUAGAAAUCGUAGACGAGGAGAUAAGGGAAGAGGAGUGGAAAAAUCAUUUUAUGGAAACGUUAGAGGGGACAGAAAACAAAGAGGACAGAAGAACAGAGGGGCGGAGAGAGGAGGAGGAAUCAAAGGAGGAGAGAGAAGACAACAUAGAGAAGGCAGAGGUAAUAUUCCAAAUAAGAAAAUUGAAAGAGAAAGAAUCAACGGGGCAAGAUGGCUUGGAAAACGAGGUAUGGAAGUAUGCGUCGAAGGAAGUGGGGGAGGCGUUAUGGGUGAUGUUAGGAAAAAUUUGGAAUGGAAAUGGGAUACCCGAAGACUGGAGAAAAGGCGUGAUAUGUCCGAUUUACAAGAGGGGGGACAAGGGAGCAGUGAAAAGCUACAGAGGGGUCACGAUAAUGGACACGGCAUACAAGAUUUAUGCAGGAAUUCUUGACGAGCGGCUGAAGGUGGAAAUCGAAGACAAGCUGGUAGAGAGCCAAUUCGGGUUUAGGAAAGGAAGAGGAGUGAUAGACGCAGUGUACGUACUGAACUAUAUAAUAGAUAAACAAUUGAGCGGGGAAAGAGGGAAGCAAUCUGCAUACUUCGCGGAUCUAAAGUCAGCGUUCGAUAGGGUUAACAGGAAGAAACUGGGAGAGAUAAUGAGGAGAAUGGGGGUGAACGAGAAGUUAACCAGAAGGAUAGAGGAGAUAUACGAGGAUACAAAGAACGUAGUGAGGAUCAGGAACAACAACACAGAAGAGUUUUGGACGGUGAGGGGAGUGAGACAAGGGUGCCCGCUGAGCCCGACAUUAUUUAACAUCUAUGUGGCAGGGCUGGAAGAGGAAAUGAGGAAAGGGCAAGUAGGAGGCAUAGUGGUAGGAGACAGGAAGGUAUGGUCAUUAUCAUACGCGGAUGACAUUGUAUUGAUAGCGGACAGAGAAGAGGAGUUAAAGGAAAUGAUGAAGAGAUUUAAGACAUUCCUAGAGGAAGUGGAACUGGAACUGAGCACCGAAAAGACGAAAUUGCUAGGCUUAGACACAACAACGCCAGACUACAUCCUGAGAGAGGAGUGCAAGAUAGAGGAAAUUAGAGAAAAGGCAUUGAAAAGAGCAGUAAGGUAUGAGGAGAAAGCCUUGGAAUCGAAGAAGGAAUUAGUGAAGGAAUGUAUAAAGGAGAGAGAAAGGUAUCGGGGAAAGGGCCAAGAAGGGAAAAGAGCAAGGAAAAGAAAGAUGAGGCUAGAAGAGGCGAGAGAGGGAAGGACUCAGGGAGAGGCAGAAGAUAGACAAGAAAGGAUGACAGCGAACCGGAUCAUAGAAGAAAGAAAGAAAAGAGAAACAGAGGAGAGGGAGAAAAGAAUAAGGGAAUCUAAAUACAACAGAUACUACAGAAACAUAGCGAAAGAAGGACUACCAAAGUACCUAGAAGGAAAGAUGAAAUGGGAGGACAGAAGUAUGGUAGCAAGAUUCAGAUGUGGUAACGAAACCAGGGCAAGAGAACACUGGAAAGAGGAGGAAGAAAGAGGAUGCAGAUUAUGCAAAAAAGGAGAGAAGGACCUGAAGCACGUAGUAGAGGAAUGCGAGAUUACAGGAGGAGCAAGGAACAUGGGAGAAGUGCUGAAGGAGACUGGAGGAGGACUGGCAGAACUGAAAGCGAUAAUAGUGAAGAGAAGAGCAGCAGAAGAGGGGGAGGAACGACAGGGAGGGAGCACAGCAAGGAAGCAAAAGCCAAAGAAGGAUAAGCGUUAG